CUAUAUCAGAGCGAUCAACAAACAGAACCUAAAUUAUUAAGUGCGUUCGUAGGAAAACAAGAUGAAAUUAAAAGGACGAUUAAAAAAGAAAAAUUCUGAAAACUUUGAAACCGGAUUUUAGGAGCAUAUAAAAGAGCACUUCUCGAGAGGCAUAUCAUAUUGUAGAGAAGAGAUACUAGCAAAUACUUUGCAGUAUUUUAAACUUUAACAAUUUACGAAAUCAUGAAGAUUGCAGUGGCAUUAUCUAUUCUGUUGGUCGUGUACGUGGAAACUGCACCUGAAGUAAAUCAUCUGAUUGAAAUUGAUCAUCAGGGUCAGGAAAUACAUAUGGAUGUUAUACAUGAUACUAUCGACAAAACUGUCAUUGCAGUCAUUGGCGAUGUUUCUAAGUACAAGAAUGGGAUACCAACAGUGAAUUUCCAUGAUUAUAACACGGGUUACGGAGUACUAAAGAACAUUAACAAAAAAGCGUGUAUCUUAACAAAAACACCCGUUCCCAUGGGAACAGACGAAAAGUACAGAAUUGGUGUUACCACUGAAGUCCAUGAUCAUUUCCUAAAGAUAAUUCCUGUAAAAAUGUUAUAUGAUGACGUCAAAGCUUUAGCAGGAGAAAGGCCAUCAUCGUUUUGUAAAGACUACACGACACUGUAUGCUGAAGUUACGCCAGUGAACAAACCCAGUAGACAGAAAAGAGGUACCAAAUUAGAGGACGCAGACACUGACGAUGACACGAAAGAUGCCAAAGGAACAUUCAAACUCAUUAGUCAAAAUAAACUGACAACGCCAUGGCAAAAAUGGAAAAUACCAAAAGACAAACAACAGUAUACAAAACAUAAUAUAGAAAACUCAAGAUUGAGCAACAAGAACCCCACCAAUAACCGGGGGUGAUCUCAGGUGAUCUGGAAGGAUACACAGAUCCUGUUCCAGCUGUGACACCCGUCGUGUUACUCAAUGUAAGUGCAAGCCCGGUGAUAAGUCUAAUACGGUAGGCUACAUUCGGGUCACAAGGAUUAUAUUGCAAUAUUGAAAAUACAUAUAUUCCUUCGAAUUUUGAUAUGAUAAUGAUUCUUUUUUUUUUUACAAUUGUAUCACAUAUAUAUUAAAUAUUAUAUAUAUAUUAUAUAUUAUUAUCCUCUUAUAUUUGAUGCGUUUCCCUCGGUUUUGGUUUGUGAACCGGAUUUGUUUUUAUCUCUAUCGAUUUAUGAGUUUCGAACAGCGGUAUACUACUGUUGCCUUUAUGUAUGAAAGAAAAUGUUAACUUCUAACAAGUGUCAUUACAGAAUAUAUUGACAUGCAUUCACGUAUGAUUUUCAAUGAGAUAAUUAUCUCUAAAGACCAAUAAUCAAAAUGUGAACAAUAAAUAACCGUACCGUAUAAUUAGUUUGAAAAGGCACAAGGAUUACAAAAUACGAAACAACUCAAAAGAGAAAACCAACGGCAUGGUUCUACAAAACACGAACAACAGUCAUAUGGCAGACGAUUUAAUUAAAAACGAUAACUACUAAUUCACAUGCGCCUGGCUUGGGACAGUUACAUACAUAAUGUGGUCAAGCAUGCUUAUGAGCGCUUAAUCUUUUCCCUUAAAUGUGACGGAUGUGUAAAAUAAUAACAUAAGAGCUGACUGUAAAAUCAAUCGGAAAGAGCUUGUUCCUUCUGUUUGGUACUUAUCACAAAGAUAAUGACAGAUAGAUAAAGGAAACCCGGCAGAGAUCUUAGAGUAGUCGAAAUUAUUAAAAGGUAAUUCACAGCCAAAUUAUAACUAAUUAAUAAAAUAUGUUUUCUCAGACUAAAUUGAACAUUUAUCUAGGAAAAAAGUUGCAUUUUGCGCCAAUAAUGAAAUCAAUUCAUGAGCUCUCAUUCAGCAACAAAGCAUCACCAGUUAAAACAAACCACACCCACUUACUCACAUAUUGUUGUCAAUAUUAUGAAAUUCUAUGCGACUAUCAUACAAGUGAUAGGCUAAGCUAGCUAUAAAACCAGGUUUAUUCCACCAUUUUCUACAUAAGGAAAUGCCUGUACCAAGUCAGGAAUAUGAAAGUUAUUUUCCGUUCGUUUGAUGUGUUUGAGCUUUUGAUUUUGCCAUUGGAUAAGAGACUUUAUGGUUGGAAUUGUCCUUGGAGUUCGGUAUUUUUGUUAUUUUACUUUUUUUGGUUAAAUGUGCACAGUGUAUUAAAAGUUUAUUUCCCAUUUUGUAUAGUUGCUAGGAACUGGUGUCUAUUUUCCCGUUGUGCGUUUCGUUUAUCAGCAUUUAAUGCCGCCUUAGAUGCAUCUGAAAAAUGAACGAAGACCUGCUAGUAGACCUGAUACAGACUGUGAUUAACUAUCGAAAUAUGAUUAAUUGAAAUGACUUUAAAAUGUUCAAAGAAUGACAAUUGCUUUUAGUGGGUAUCCGAACAUACAUACUUUAUGUACUUUAUGUGUAUAAUUAAAAAAAAAUGAUACUGAA